AUGACGAGCUUCCAGGGCAGCUGGGAUGGACCAAAAGGAUGGAAAGGCUCCGAUCCUUCUACCAAGACUACUGACGUCUCUACUCGACAAAUAUCACCGGAACCGGUACCGAAUGGGAAAGGAGGAUUGGAUGUCGGAUGCUGGAAGGAAUUGGGUGCUGCCCAAUUUCAGGAAGCUUUGGAUGCGCUACUCAUUACUAUUUCUUCUUUUUUUUUGAUCGAUGUCAUUGAAGUAAAAAAAGUACUAAAAGGCCUCAGGUCGCCAUUGAGUCUGGAGCUCGACUGUCGAGUUUCCGGUCCCUUUGAAAAUUUUGGAUGUUAUGAAACAGAUCCAGAUUGA